CCUUGUGGUUUCCACGGCUGCUCGUCCCCGGAGCUGCUCGGAACUAAAUCUCAGCUUGUACCUGACCCACGGGCUCUGAGUUACACGUGUGUCUGCGAGAGAGAGGCAGAGAAGAGGAAUUUAAUAUUUUUCAUUUCUUUGAUCGGAGACUUCAAACACUCCAGGAUUGGACAUCUAGAAAUGAAGAAAGCUUUUACCUUUUCUGUCUGGAUUUGGUUUGUAGCCGUGUGUAAAUCAGGUUUGGUGCAGGGAUUCUCAAUGACAGCACCUACACUCAAUAUCACGGGAACAGAAUACUCGAUCGACGUUAGCAACACCCUUACCAUCACCUGCAGAGGGCAGAGGCCUCUGGGGUGGACCUGGCCUGGGAAACCUGCAGUUGAAGGCAACACAAAAUCUGCAUCUUACUCAUUGGAGGAGCUUGGAGGACGGAUAGUGAGCAUAAGGGAAUGCAAUGGCUCAGAGAGAGAUCAAUACUGCAAGACAUUCAUGCUAAUGGGUGCCAGAGCUAAUGAUACAGGCUACUACCGCUGCUUUUAUCACUUCAUUGAACCCAUUGUUGAUGGAACAACAGCGACCAGUAUAUAUAUCUUUGUGAAAGAUUUCCAGAACCCAUUUUUCAACACGUCGCCGAAUGGUACCCAAAUCUCACCCGUGUUAAUCAUAAACAGCCCUAUGGUUACCGUGCCUUGCCCAGUGUCCAUCCCAUAUCUCAAUGUUACGCUGCGAUUGGGUCUUACAUCAAGGACACUUUAUCCCAAUGGUAAAGACGUGAUAUGGAAUAAUAAAGAGGGAAUGAUUGUCUUACGACACAAUAUUGAAGACUUACUGUAUGUUUCCUGUGAAACUGUUGUUGGUGGCAUACUGUAUAAAACAUCACCCUUCUUCAUCCAGGUCACAGGACAACUGAUAUACAAGUUUACACUGAAACCGAAUCACACAGAACUGGUGGCAGGGAAAAAGUUGGUACUGAACUGCAUUGUCGAGGCAGAAUUCAAUGUGGUCGUUGACUUUCAGUGGGAGUACCCGAGAAAAAUGGCUGAUCGACCAGUGAUUUCAUCGCAAAAACGUGAGCUGAACGAAGGGUUAGAACUGAGCAGUACUCUCAUCAUAAAUAACAUAACAAUGGCGGAGGGGGGCACCUACAUCUGCAGAGCCAAUAACGGCUUCGACAUUAAAGAGAGAACAGCAGAGGUCAUUGUGCAUGAAAAGCCUUUCAUCCAUGUGAAUUAUGAUAAGAACCCCAUCAUUGAGGCAACAGUGGGACAGAAGAAUGUGUAUCUCCCUCUGAGGUUCCGAGCCUAUCCCAAACCUGAGAUCAAACUGUACAAAAAUGGAAAAUUUAUCAGUAAAAGUCCAUCCUUUAACAAGGUGAAGCUUACAUCAUCGGGUUUGGUGAUCGGGGAUGUGACUGAGCAGGAAGCAGGGAACUACACCAUAGUGCUACGAAACAGUAAAGCCAAACUAGAGGAGCAACUCCAUCUGCAGCUGGUGGUCAAUGUCCCACCUCAGAUCCACGAGAAGGAAGUGGCUUCCCCGACAAACAUCUACCCCCGUGGAAGUCGCCAGACACUGACCUGCACCGUCUAUGGGAUCCCCGCUCCUGUGAAAAUACAAUGGUCCUGGAGGCCAUGGGGGCCUUGUGGUCUAAAAUCCUACCGCAGCCUGGGACAUCGAGCAUCCAAGUUGCGUCGACCUCGGGACAGGACCCCCGAGUGCCGAAAUUGGAGGGACAUCUCAACAGGGAGCUCUAUCAACAAGAUUGAGAGCAUUGAAACCAGCACAGAGAUUCUGGAGGGGAGGAACAAGACAGUCAGCAAGCUGGUGAUUUUAGCUGCAAAUAUCUCCGUCAUGUACAAUUGUUCUGCUUUCAACAAGGUUGGACGGGAUGACCGGGUCAUCUACUUCUACGUGACAAGUAUCCCAGAAGGAUUUGGAAUUGAUCUUCAGCCUUCGGAAAUCCCGGUGGAAGGCGAGAAUGUGAAGCUACAUUGCAACGCGGAUAACUACACGUACGAGAACCUGAGGUGGUAUCGGCUCCUCCCCAGCGCCCUGGAAGGGGAGCUGGGAGAGCCCCCAGUUCUGGAGUGUAAAAGCAUGCAUCUGUUUGCCAAGGAGAUGAAAGGAGUGAUGAUGAUGGACACACUGAUGAAAGGCGUGGCACUCGAGCUUCAGAUUCCCAGCAUUACUUUAAAUGAUGAGGGGGAUUAUGUGUGCGAGGUACAAAACAAAAAGACUGGAGAGAAACAUUGCCACAGGAAAUACAUCUUAGUGCGAGCUCAGGAGAUGCCAAGUCUCCUUGUCAACUUGACCGAUACCUCAGUCAACAUUAGUGACUCUAUCCACAUGAACUGUAAAGCAAGCGGCACCCCCCACCCCACCGUCAUCUGGUUCAAAGAUGAAAAGCCACUCCAUGAGCUCUCAGGGAUCAUCCUCAGUGAGCAAAACCAAACGCUGACCAUCCAGCGAGCACAAGAGGAGGAUGCCGGCCUGUACAAGUGCUUUGCCUGUAACUCUAAGGGCUGUGUUAAUUCAUCUGCAACCAUCUCCAUCGAAGGAGGUGAUGACAAAUCAAAUAUCGAAGUUGUGAUCCUGGUUGGAACUGGAGUUAUUGCAGUCUUCUUCUGGGUACUCCUCAUCCUUAUCUUUUGUAAUGUCAAGCGGACUAGUCCAGCUGAUAUUAAAACUGGAUACUUGUCGAUAAUCAUGGAUCCAGAUGAGAUCCCAUUGGAUGAGCAGUGCGAAUACCUGCCCUAUGAUUCCAGCAAGUGGGAGUUCCCCCGGGAUAGGCUUCGGCUUGGCAAAACUCUGGGUCAUGGAGCAUUUGGAAAAGUUGUGGAAGCCUCCGCUUUCGGAAUUGACAAAAGCAGCAGCUGUAAGACCGUGGCUGUGAAAAUGCUAAAAGAUGGAGCCACAGCAAAUGAACACAAGGCACUGAUGUCAGAACUGAAGAUUCUCAUUCACAUCGGAAAUCACCUCAACGUUGUCAAUCUCCUGGGAGCCUGCACCAAAGCAAAUGGUCCUUUGAUGGUGAUUGUUGAAUACUGCAAGUAUGGAAACCUUUCAAAUUAUUUGAGAAGCAAGCGUGAAGAUUUUAUACCAUACAGGGAGCGGGUUCCAAAAAUGAGGACUCAGGUGAUCUCAAUGGUGGAAGUAGUGAAAGGACUGGACAACAGGAGUCGGACAUGCACCAGUGUGAAUGCAAUCUGUAAACGAGCAGCCAUGGAGAAAAUCCUUUGUCAUCCUGAGGAGUUGGUGGAAGUUGACGACCUCUGGCAAUGCCCUCUGACCUUAGUGGACCUUAUCUGCUACAGCUUCCAAGUUGCUCGGGGGAUGGAGUUCCUGGCAUCCAGAAAGUGUAUUCACAGAGACCUGGCAGCUCGCAACAUUCUCCUGUCUGAAAACAAUGUGGUGAAGAUCUGUGAUUUCGGCCUCGCCAGAGACAUCUACAAGGAUCCUGAUUACGUGCGAAAAGGGAAUGCUAGACUCCCGCUCAAGUGGAUGGCUCCUGAGAGCAUUUUCGAUAAGGUCUACACCACUCAGAGUGAUGUGUGGUCAUUUGGGGUCCUCCUAUGGGAGAUCUUUUCUCUGGGUGUCUCUCCCUAUCCCGGAGUCCAGAUUAAUGAGGAAUUCUGCCAGAAACUGCGGGAAGGCACCAGGAUGCGGGCUCCGGAAUAUGCUACAGCAGAAAUCUAUCGUAUAAUGCUGAGCACCUGGCAAGGUGAACCGAAAGACAGGCCAACCUUCUCUGAUCUUGUGGAGCUCCUUGGAGAUCUGUUACAAGCCAAUGUCCAACAGGAUGGGAAAGACUACAUUCCUCUCAGUAUGUUGCAGUGUACAGAAGACGACUUGUGUUUUUCCCAGCCUCAUUCAUCCAUGUCUCACAGAGAUGAUAAAGGGUCGAAAUCAAGAUUACGAUGUGACAGUAUAGGACCCAGAUACUAUAACUGUGUCUCUUUUUCUGGACACAUAACUGGAGAGAGUCAGAUUAAGUGCCCUUCAAGAGUGAAAACAUUUGAAGAUGUCCCAUUGGAAGAGACAAUGAUGACCAUGCAAAAUGACAACCAGACGGACAGUGGGAUGGUCCUGGCAUCUGAAGAGCUUGAGAAGAUAGAGAACAAGCAUAAAAAGCAAAUGGUGUUCAGAAAACCUUCGAGUAAACACACAGACUUGGUCUCGGAGUUUUGCAGACGGCCAGAUAGGUGUAGAUGCAGAUCAGCCCUGCAUUCUGAGGCCUCAGGGCAGACCAUUCACAGCAAUGACUAUGGACACCUCUUGCACGGUGCUCAGGAGCAUGAGGGAUGGAGUACACAGCCCAUGGAUCCCCUUAGUCCAGAAAGCACCUCCAGCUUCUAGUACCCAACUCCCAUGUGAAGAAUUUCCACAGGACUUUUAGUUCACUGUACCAGUCCAAUGCAUAAUUUUAGAAUUUGCUCAAAGAAUAUCUUGCUCACUCUGCAAGUGACAGGAAGUGACUAAACAUCAAGCAAACCAAGGAGGUGGAAUUUCAGCUGUCUUCCCAGUUGCAAAAAUUCAGUUGUUGUACAAACUGUCCAAUUUUCAAUUGCUGUUAAUUAACUGCAAAUGAAGGCUUGGCUGUUUCUAUAACUAGCUGGCUGGGAAUAAGUUUGAAACCUACCCCAACUGUGUUGGAGGACUUUAGCUUUCCCAAAAAGAAACUAUAUGUAACCAGUUUUAUAAUUACGACAUUAUUCAAAGAAUCCUUUUGAAAGUCUGUUGUUUCCUUUUUUACAUUUUUUUUCUCUAGUUUUCUUGACAAUUCACUAGAAAGCUGUGUAUUUUGACACUACGAUAUAAAAAAUAAUAGAUUUAACAAUGAACAUGUAAAAGUUGCUUGUAUACAGGUUCCUCGUACACUGGGGUCAGGGCAGGAAUACCCAAAUCAUCAGUAUUCACCAUUUAUUGUGAAAUUGUUAAUGUUUGUAUAAAGAAUGUCUGUACGAUUUUGUAUUAAGCAGUGAGCAACCGAAAUCUUCCCUCCUUGAGAAUAUUCCAGUAAUUUCCUUUCUGAAAUGUUAAGGUUUAGAUAUUCAGAUGUUCAAUGUUUGUGUCCAAGACAGUCUCACACUUUGCCUACAAGAAUCUCUUUCACCUGAGUGCCACAUUCCCCAAAUCUGUACCUGUGCUAUCAUUUACUGGUCUGUCUGACACUGUCUACUAUACUACAGAACAGACGUCAUUACACAAAAAAGAAUGUGCAUAUCUGCAGUGCUUUUCACAACCUCAGAGCAUUCAUUGGCUAGCAAAGUACUUGGGGAGUAUUUUUGAAAUGUAGUAAUUAUAAUAGUUUAGGCAGUGCAGCAGCCAAUUUAUAAGCAGCAGAGGGGUUGAUGACCAGAUGAUUUUUAUUUUUAAUCUCGCUUGAUGGAUAACUAUUUGCCAGCACAUUCUGGUUGGGGGAUCUCCCAUACUCUUCCUCAAAACCCACGUUGCGCUCCUGUCUAACCAUGAUCCAAGCUGUGCACCUAUCCAACCACAACUACCGACUGCUCUCCAGUCUAGCCACAACCCUAGACUGAUCUCCAAUCUAACCGAGACUCCAGGCCGCCUCUCCAAUCUAGCUGAGACUGCAGACUGCCUCUCCAAUCUAGCUGAGAUUCCAGGUCACCUCUCCAAUCUAACCGAGACUCCAGACUGAUCUCCAAUCUAACCGAGACUCCAGGCCGCCUCUCCAAUCUAGCUGAGACUCCAGACCACCUCUCCAAUCUAACCGAGACUCCAGGCCGCCUCUCCAAUCUAGCUGAGACUCCAGGCCGCCUCUCCAAUCUAGCUGAGACUGCAGACUGCCUCUCCAAUCUAGCUGAGAU